CUCUGCCGGUGUGCCAUCUUCUUCUCGUCUUGUUCCACCAGAUUUGCAUGACAGGCCAUUGGAGAGACUGAAACACUAGUGCAGGUGGAGUUUCAUUUGCCUGCAAUGCAUGGAAAGACGAGAAGCCAAGCAGGUAAACACUCACUCCUCGCUGUUCCCGGCUGCAGAGAUUGAGACGCUGAGCUCGUCUGGAAUCCAAAAUUCUACAGGGGAGCCAAGAUGGGGAUAAAGGAAAUGUUUAGUUUGGCCCGGGUGCCCUCCAUCCUCAUGCUCGGGGCGAUUUAUGUGACCUACGUGCUGAUCGGCGGGGUGGUUUUCUGGAAGUUGGAAGGAGACCUUGGGCAGAAGGACAUCAGUCGUUUGCUGCUGAAGAAAAAGAGGAUGCUUAUGACAUAUACCUGCCUGAACCAAGAAGGCCUGGAGGAGGUGGCUCAGGUCGUUCAAGAGGCAUCGAAGGUGGGCCUAAGUCUGAAAGGCAACUAUACCACGGACGGCUUCUGGAAAUUCACCAGCUCAGCUGUAUUUGCUGCAACUGUGAUUCUAACAGCUUACAGUUUUGCAGGUUAUGGGAACAUGAGCCCCAGUUCUACGGCUGGGCAGAUCUUCUGUGUGUUCUUUGCACUAUUUGGUAUCCCACUCAACAUGGUGGUGCUCAACAGGGUGGGCAAGUACAUGCUUGUCAUAGAGAGGAACAUUUCUGACUUCCUUGAGGGGAAGACCAGGCGAAGGACAUGUACUCGCUUUUUUGUCCACCUGGUAUCUUAUCUGUCUGGAGCAGCUUUGUUCUUCAUUGUGCCCAUGAUUGUGUUCCAACUACAAGAGGGCUGGACCUACUCCCAGGCCAUCUACUACUGCUUCAUCACCCUCAGCACCAUCGGCUUUGGAGAUUUUGUGGCAGACAGUAAUCCAGACAAAGCAUACCCAGAGUGGUACAGCAUCCUUAUGGCCUCAUGGAUCUUCUUCGGCCUGGCCUGGCUGGCCCUUCUUAUCAACCACUCCAUUGACAUCCUGGAGCGGCUCAACAGCCACUUCAAAAAUUGGUGGGGUGGACGAAAGCAGGAGGAAGAGGCUGGUGGUGCAGGGGACAACCCUGAUACACAGGUGGAGGAGGAAGAUGAGAUCAAGAGGCCUCCAAUAGCCCAGUAAUGUAGAUUUAAGGUGAAGAUUUAAGUGAGUUGACGUAGCUAUAGAAUUAUCUGUCUGUAUAUCAGGACCUGGGAAACAGGCGUAAAUUAUGGAAUAUGGCUAAGCCAUGGCAGUGUGUGUGUGUGUGUGUGUGUGUGUGUGUGUUCUCAGACAGUAAAUGUUGAGUGUCUGUGAUGAUUUAAUAUGUGUCUGUGCUAUGGUUGGUCAGUUUUGAUCCCUCUCUCUUUAAGUGCAGCUAAAAUAUUGACUCAUUUUUGUUGAGUCAGGUUUGUUUGUUUGACAGCAGGUAACAUCCACAUGCUGCUGAGUCUCUAAGCACUUUGUUUCCCAAACUGUAAACAAGUGACUCUUGUUAAUCUACCUGGUUUUAAAAAAACAGGCCUUUGAGAUUAGUCUAAGGGGGGGUACUGGGACAACACUUACUUUGCCCCAUGUAUCUGUCUAGUGGGUUAGUGGUCAGUGGAAAACUAUAGUCAGUCUGUCUGUUGCUCUUUGGCCUCUCAGUGUGUUGAACCAUAAACCAAGUGAUAUGGCAACUUAGUGGUAUUUUGCUGUUGACAUCUGA